GUGGUGGGAUACAGCAGGGGCACUUUGGGUUUGAACCUGUUUCUGAAAUAUUUUAUGACCGUUCAUAAAAUAGACAGGCAAAAUAACACGCAGUCGUUGCUAUACUCAUGUUCAUGAAAAGUCAAUGGAGUCAUCAUAACAUUAUAUCAUGUAUCAUCUACCAACAAAUCGAAUCAUUAAAUUCCCUCAUCUGAAAGCUGUAGUCAGCUCCCAGCACGUGGAAGGUGACCGCCUGUAAACAGCCUGAUUAGAAAAACAAAGGUUGCUUUUUGGCUGGUUUUAUCAGAUAAAAUGUCCUUCCCCCUAUAACUAGCAUUGUAAGAAUUUUCAGUGGAAUUGUCCUAAAAGUAUGUACGGCAACGUGAUUAAUAUGGCAAGAUUUGUUGACGCUUAGAUAGAUUGUGCCUUAAGUGAUUAAGAGGGAAAAAGACAUCACUGCUUCUGUUACUGUUACUGUCGUGAAAUCUACCCUAAAUGCACGUGCUGAUCAGUAUUAUACAUUUAGUGAAUAUAUUUCAUCAUGUGAUCUGUACAUCUAAAUUGAGAGAAGUGCAACAGUUGGGUGGAUGUAUGCCAAGUAUAAGUAAUGCCAUUAUCAAGAAUUUUUGGCACAAAUUAAUUAACUGAUUCAUUAAAAGAGGGACACUAUCUACACGUGGGAACGUGAGCAUUGCAAUUCGUGUCGAAUCUGCUGAGGAAUACGCCUAAUGUGUAUAAACACUGGUCUCGAGCGCAAACAAAAACAAAUCUGGCUGCAUUGUAUGAGUAAUUAUGACCGGUGUUUUGAAGGUAGUUUGUUCUGUUGACUUAGUUUUUUUUUAAAUCAUUUACUUAAUUUAAUCCUAAUAUCGUUAAUCACGUUAUAACCCUAGUAUGCGUGUUUGCACGUAUCGGCGUAAUUAUCCUUACUGUAUGCUAAACGUGAGAAAACUGAAGCCCAAUCAGAUUCGUCCCCCCCCCCUCCUGACUUCAUGGUACAUCCCAGGUGGAAAGGUUGCAUCAAAGCGCUACAGCUGGUCACCUGACUCCCACCUCAGCCAAUCAAUACACACUACUACCUGCUCGUUACUGGACGCGCUUAUAAUGUUUCUCCUUCAAAGCGCUUUUUAAACACAUGCUCUUGUUUAUUUGGCUUGCAGAGGCACGGCUUGAUCCUAUGAGGUCACUUGUAAACACGGCUAGGUGAUAUAUUGUGUGUGAGGGGUUUCAUGGAGGGCUCAAGUAUUAAAAACAGAAUAAAAAAUCUCCUGCGGUCGCCGUCUAUAAAGCUGAAGAAGAACCGACGGCUGGAGAAAGAAAACCUGACUAACAAGUUAACUCUGGAGAGAGUACUUGGUAUCACGACUUCAGGAAGUUGUGGACUGACGUGCGAUCCUUGCUCCGGGACUGUCGCCUAUCUGGCCGGGUGUGUAGUAGUGCUACUGAACCCCACAAAGAACAGACAGCAGCACAUAAUCAACACGUCCAGGAAAACUAUAACUGCUUUAGCCUUUUCAUCAGAUGGCAAAUAUCUUGUUACAGGAGAGUAUGGUCACCUUCCUGCAGUGCGGGUUUGGGAUGUGGCUGAUGGCUCUCAGGUGGCAGAGCUACAGGAGCACAAGUAUGGAGUGGCCUGUGUGGCCUUCUCUCCAAACAGCAAAUACAUUGUUAGCAUUGGCUACCAGCACGACAUGAGUGUCAACGUGUGGGCCUGGAAGAAAAACAUGUUGGUGGCUGCUAACAAGGUGUCCAGUAAGGUGACGGCAGUGUCUUUUUCCGAGGACAGCUCCUACUUUGUGACCGCUGGGAACAGACAUGUCAGAUACUGGUACCUAGAACCCUGCAACUCCAACAAGCUCACAGCCCCUGUUCCACUGCUUGGGCGCUCGGGCCUGUUGGGGGAGUUACAGAACAACAACUUCUGCGAUGUAGCCUGUGGCCGUGGUGGGAAGUCUGAAAGUACGUUCUGCAUCACUUCUUCAGGACUGCUCUGUGAGUUCAACGAGAGGAGGAUGCUGGAUAAGUGGGUAGACCUACGGACCAGUACAGCGAGUGCUCUUUUUGUCACUGAGGAGCUGAUCUUCUGUGCAUGUGCUGACGGAACCGUGCGAGUGUUCAGUCCAUCUGACCUGCACUUCAUCUGCACCCUGCCUCGACCUCAUCACCUGGGCACAGACGUAUCUGCUGUAAGCCAGACCAGUCACCUGUUCUCCAACAAACCAGAUGCCCGCUACCCUGACUCGGUAGCUGUGACCUAUGACCCUGUUAACUUCUGGCUGUCGUGUGUGUAUAACGACCACAGCUUGUAUGUGUGGGACGUUCAAGAUUUGCGGAGAGUGGGAAAAGUGUACUCUGGUCUCUACCACUCUGCCUGGGUGUGGGACGUGCAGGUACAUUUUGGGGCGGGCAGUGGGCUAAACCCAUACUGCUCUGCAGACAGCACAGUCCGCAUGUGGAGCACAGAGCCACAGAUCAACCCAGCCAAUAGCAAUCUUCUCAGCAGUGAUCUUCGGAAGGUGAUUUAUACAGCUAGUAACAGCACGUGCCUGCUGGACACUGAGGGAACAGGCACCAGCUGCACAGAGAAGCCAGAGGAGCAGCCUGCAGAGAGCCGAACGGGCAUCAGAACCAUCUGUGUGAGUCCAGAUGGCAAACAUCUGGCCUCAGGAGACCAGAAUGGCACAUUAAGAAUUCAUGAGCUUAACACUAUGGAGGAGGUUCUUAAGGUAGAGGUGCAUGACUCCGAGAUCCUGUGCAUGGAGUACUCCAAACCUGAGACAGGAAUGAAACUGUUGGCGACGGCGGGUCGAGAUCGCCUGAUUCGUGUACUGGACGUUGAGGAAGAUUACAGUCUACUGCAGACCCUGGAUGAGCAUUCCUCCUCCAUCACAGCUGUCCGCUUCGCUGCCAAUGAGGGGAAGGUGAGGAUGAUCAGCUGUGGAGCCGAUAAGAGUGUGUACUUCCGCACUGCCCACAGGACUUUCAGAGGAGUCAAAUUUAAACGCACACACCACGUGGUGCGAAAGAGCUCUCUUCAUGACAUGAACGUGGAUCCCACCUGCAAGUAUGCAGCUGUAGGCUGUCAGGACCGACACGUCAGAGUGUUUAACAUAAACAGUGGGAAACAGAAAAUGUCCUUUAAGGGCUCUCGGGCCGAAGACGGCAGCCUUCUCCGGGUUCAGAUGGACCCGUCUGGCCUCUACGUGGCCACCAGCUGCUCAGAUAAGAAUCUCAGCCUGUUUGACUUCCGAACCGGAGAGUGUCUGGCUGCUGCGUUCGGCCACUCGGGUAAACACCGGCAUAGCUGCUUAACAUUUAAGAAUUGGUUAGAUUUUUUUAGCUUAUCGAUGACAAAUUGGGAGGUCUUGAUUAAUGUGCUCUGUAUCUUUAUAUGGCGUCUUGCUCCUGAGUUGAGCAUGAACAUGAGGGAGCGGCUGGAUCGGUUCACGCACGCUACGAGCGGCCCAGCUUUUGCAGAUUCAUUGAUCAGACGGGCCUCUACAAGCAGCCUGGCGAUGCACAGCACCCUGUCUCUAUUGACCUACUCCUCAGAGAGUGAGGAAGACUACAAUGAAGAAACAUUUGAGGAUAUCCAGACCCCAGAUUACCAUGAUCUGCACCAAACAUCAUUAGAAGAGGAUCAGGGUGCUUCUGAUGACAUGAAUGACUGGGACUCCUCGAAGUUCCAGGAGUCGUCUACAGGUUCCAGCGUGUCUGAGCAAUCUUUGCCCGAGGUUCCACACAGGAGAAAACGCUGGAACUGUAGGAUAGGCUCAUUUGAGCUGAUGGUGAAGUCCAUGCUGGAACUUCAUCAGUUUGAGUCAUUUUCUAAGCCCGGCUCUCCCCUAAGGGGCUCGACAGGCCAGCUCAGCGACCAGGCCUGCAGCAGCACUGCCAGCCUGCACAAAGACACUGUGAGUUCACUACACAUCUACUUCCAUAAUGCACUGAUCGAUUACAGUAAGAGAUUGUUGUUGUUGUUGUUGUUGUUAAUAAAAUGGAGUAAGAGGCGGCAGGCUCGUCCUGACUCUUCCUGGUUGGGUGCUACCUCGUCUCCUGAACCCGAGGGUGUAAUACUGAGUUCCGAACUGUGCCCAAGCACUGACAGCUUGCCUGGAGCAUACCAGGUGCAGGAGGAGAAGGGCCAGGAGAGCCACAGCCCUGAUAGAGGCAGCUCCAUGGGCUAUGCCAGUGGAGGAUCCAGCCCAGAGCAGGCCUAUGAAGAAUUCCACACGCUACAGAUAUCAUGUAUAGAAUUGGGUUGGGGGAAUAAACUUUCCUUUACAAAUGUCACAGUGAUCAGGAUGUCCAUAGAGCUAGAUUACUCAACCUCAAUAGACCUGUUUAUAAUGCUGAGUGUCAUGUUUUUGGGGUUUUUUUUUUUUUUUUUCUUUCCCCCCCUCUCGCUCUCAGGCUCAGAUGAUCCUGAGCCAUUCAGCAAUGAUGAGGAUGAUGAUGAGGUGGCAAGGGGAAGGCCAUUUCACCAACCAGAGAGCCCUGAACAAGAGAGUUUCCUCAAGAAACACUUUGAGACACUGGCUGACACCAACGACACGGGUAGCGAUGAUUUUAAAAUCUACAUAUUGUGUAAUGAACCCAAACCCCAGAGCAGCACUUCAGUGUGUUUCUUUUCCCAUGGCUCCACCCCCAGGAGGCAUUCCCAAUUCCUCUCCAAGACUGACGAGAAGUCUGAAAAAUUUGCUGUAUUGAAACCCCUGGUGUCCACAGUACGUCCCUUGCAGAAGGACAACGGUCAGGGGGCGAACUUGGACCAGAGAGCAGACGCGUGCAGUUCAGAGCAGCUACACUCAGCCCCCAAGAGGAGGAAAACUUGCAGGGUGCAGAAUACAACCAGCCCAAUAAGCAUGUCCAGGGUGAUAAGCCCUGCAGACAAGUCACUUUUAAAUUCCAUGUCGGCACUCAGCCUAACAGCGAACAGUCGAAAGUGUGUAACCACGUCCCUUUUGAAGCAAGCGCCUGGACCUUCCACACCUGAGGUUCUCGCAGACAGGAACGAUUCAAUAUUGCGGCACCCGUCUCCCACAGACUUGCCGUCUCCCCUGCCAUGGGAAAGCCCAAACACUAACCGGCGUCUCAAUGUUCGCUCCUACAUGAGUCCCACUACUAGCUCCAGAGCCAAAAUCAGCCGCUCCAUGUCCCACAAAGAAGGUCUUCAUCUUAACCUGUCCAGUGGGCAGACAUCUCCAUGCCCAGGAUCAUCCCCUACCAGUCCAUUUCAUGCCAGCAGUCUUUUGCAAUCUCUAUCUGCCCCUCUCUCUGGUCCAUGCAACCCAGCUGUACCAAGAUUGAGCUAUGGUGGAUGUUCUCCAAACCCUACUGCUAAAAUCACCAAGGCCCGUGUCUCGGCAAGAAUGAGUAACCCUCUAUCUGAGUAUCCCAGCAGGUCCACACCUACUCCCAGUACAGACUCUGCUGCACUCUCAAACAAUGUUACUAAGACUGGAGUUCAACACGGAGAUAAAUGCUAUACAAAGGGUCAGGUGGAGCCUACAAAGAAUGUGUUCCCCAUCCCCGUCUCUCAGUCCGUGUCUGUAAAAGACUCGCUGAGCCCUAAAACUUCAGCCCACACCCCACAACACCCCCUAGUGGAUGUCCAGGCCUACAGUGUGGCCUGCAAGAGCCAGUCUGAUCAAGGUUGGAGUUAUUUGUUUAGUCAUUAUUCUGGUAUCUGUACUGUUUCAGUUUAUUAUUAUGAUUUGCUUCUUUUAAAUUGUUAUUUUGGGCCAUAUUGUCCAUGUCACAGCCGUAAACUGCACCAUUAUGGAGAUGGCUGUGAAACGGCUUUUCUACUUCUACAGUUCCACAUCCCCAUGUCCAAUUUCUCUAUUUGCUGUUCUCCAGCAGAGCCCUCGAUGAACCUGGAGACUUGCAGACAGGCUGCGGCGGAGCUGUACAAUAGCGUGAAGAAGGCCACUCAGCUCUACACUGUGGUAAGUGCAGUGAGCUCCUGUGUUGGAAAUGUGGGUUCAGAGCUGCAGGCGAUGGAUCGUGUGCUGAUGGAGGCGCUGUUCAUGGCACGCUCUGAGCUGGAGGCUGUUCCAGGACUCACCCCUGCAUCAGCGGCGACUGCACUUGGUGAAGGUGAAGAGAAGACACUAGCUCUGCUGGAGCAGUACUCGCAGCUUCUACUGCAGUCUGUAGAGAAGAGACUCGAACACAAAAUCUAGUCUCAAAAAUCUAUGCGAGACUAAUAUCCUGACCUCAUUAAUAUAGUAGUGGAGUAGUAGAUUAUGCACUGGAUAUCUAACCAGAAAGGAGAUAUGAGAAGUGAAGAGAGCAAAUUCAACAUUUUUUUUUGCACAGAUUUUAACGGUCAAAAUUUUAUAUCAAGAAUUUAGUUUUGUGUUCAUUCUUUGCUUCUGAGCACUGCCCUAAGAUAAACAACCAAGUUUUAUAGUGUGUUUUAACAUGAGCAUUUUAUGUAAGUAUAUAAUUUAAUGUACAUGUAUUUGUUUCCUAAGUAAGUAUAUGCAUUUAUGUUUUUUAAAUACAUGCUGGACUUUUGGAUAUUUUUUUUAUUAUUAUUAUUUUAAUAAAGUUUUAAACAUACACCACAUACUCUACUAAAUUCAAAAGGGAGAACUCUGUGAGCACAAGAUGAGGCCUUAAGUGUUUUUUUUAAGUAAAGAGUGAGUUUGUGUGUUUAUUGAUGUGUUUCUGGAACAUGUGACCUCUGAACCACAGGUUCCAUUAACAUGCUGUUGCUACAGUUCUUAAAAUAAAACGAGGAGCAG